AUGAGGGUCCCUGCAGUAGUACCCUGGGAAGCUCGUGCGGCAGCUAAAAGAGCCAGCACGCUGGCACGGAUACCUCAGGCAUGGCGACUAGACCCCGCACAACUCGACGAGGCCAAGGGGCAACGCGAUCUCACUGGCGCUUUCAUCCAUCGUUUUCUUCAAUCUCGAGACAUUGAAAUCAUCUCCCAAGACUCCCUCGAGCUGACGCGAGCGAUUGGCAGUGCGAAGCUUACAGCAGUAGAAGUCACGACGGCUUUUUGCAAAACUGCCGCUGUCGCUCACCAGAUCAACAACUGCCUCCACGAGGUUUUCUUCGAACAGGCACUUGAGCGAGCCAAACAGCUCGACGCUUAUUUCGCCGAGAAUGGCAAGACGGUCGGGCCGUUGCAUGGCCUUCCCAUCAGCCUCAAGGAUCAGUUCCACGUGAAGGGUGUCGACACUUCCAUGGGAUAUGUCGGGUGGAUCGGCUCCAAUUUGGGGAUCAAGGAUCCCAGCCAAGCCCAUCAAGUCGAGAGUCAAAUCAUCACUGAGCUCCUUUCUCUUGGCGCUGUCUUGUACUGCAAAACCAGCCUCCCACAGACUCUUUUGCUCGGCGAGACCAAGAACAACAUUAUCGGCCAGACGUUGAACCCUCAUAACCAAAACUUAUCUUGCGGAGGCUCUUCUGGCGGAGAGGGCGCACUGCAAGCUCUCCGUGGCAGUACUCUUGGCGUUGGGACUGACAUUGGUGGCUCUGUGCGUAUUCCAGCCGCAUUCAAUGGCAUCUUCUCUCUAAAGCCAACUCCUGAGCGGCUUUCGUAUCGCCAGGUCGCCAACACUAAUCCGGGUCAAAACACAUAUCGCUCAACCGUUGGCUUCCUCAGCACCUCAAUCGGUGGGCUAGAGCUUGCACUACGCUCGACACUAUCAAGAAAGCCGUGGAUUAGUGACCCAGCUGUCGUGCCAAUCCCCUUCCGCGAAGACGAGCUCUCUUUGGUUCGGGAGCGAGCUGAUGCAAACGGCAGGGCAAGGGAACCAUAUCUACCGCUGAAGUUAGGUGUACUCUGGACUGACAAAAAGGUCGGGCCUCACCCCCCUGUCCUCAGGGGGCUUCACACAGUGGUGAAUGCGCUUCGAGAAGCCGGACACAGGGUGGUCGACUGGGAACCUCCCCUUCAAGCGACGGCCAAGCGAGUCCACGUGUCCUUCCUCAAAGCCGAUGGGGCUCAUGACAUCCAUAGUCACCUUAACCUCUCCGGCGAACCCCUGAUCCCCGAUCUCCAGGAAGCUUUUCAGCUGCGACCCCCUCUUAGUCUUCUCGAAACCCAAGAUCUCACUCUCCAAGGCCUGGAGUACGAAGCGGCUUACUCUGACUACUGGAACUCUACUUCGAAUGACGGGCAGAUUGUCGACGCGGUGAUUAUGCCGGUGGCACCCCAUGCUGCAGUGAUUCCAGGGAAAUACUACCACACCGCAUACACAGAGGUUAUAAACCUCUUGAACUAUAGUGUUGCCGUCAUUCCUGUCACCAAGGCAAACAAGGAUAUUGACGUGGUCGAUCCUUCGUAUCAACCAUUGAACGGCCUUGACAAGAAGAACUCGGAGGCAUAUGAUCCGGAGAUCUACGACGGGGCGCCAGUUGGUGUGCAGCUUGUCGCUAGGAAGUUUGAAGAGGAGAAGAUACUCGGCAUCGCACAGAUUGUCACUGCGGCCCUGAAAGCACAUAGAUAA